AUGCAAUCAGCUCAAGCGGCUCAAGUGGGACCUUCCUUAACUUUCAUCACGAAGCCAAUUACGCGAGAGCAAGUUCGAGCUAUCAUCUUCUAUGAAUGGUGUGGCGGCAUUGGAGCAGCGGCAGCAGCCCGCAACAUGAACAGCAGAUUGCGCGAGGGCACCACUAUCAUCAGGACUGUCAAGCACUGGCGGUGUUGGUUCUGUUGGGCACCCAUCUGUCGUCCAUCUUGUCGAUUCUCACGAGAUCCUGUCACCUCGUCUUGCCAUUCGCCCCUCCGCCCUCCGCCAAAAACUCAUAUAUCUCAUAUCAUCAACUGCAACUCACCAACAUCAGCAGCUGAUGAAUCCGAAUUGGACCCGUUCUACGAGGAGCUGGAGGAAGUGAUCCGCAACGAGAAGUCCUACAAAUUCGUUGUCGGAGACUUCAGCGCAAAACUAAGAAAGGCCACAGAAGAGAAACACAGAAUCGGAAGAUUUGGACUAGGGGACCGGAGUGAAAAUGGCAAUCGUCUGGCCGGACUAGGGGAACGGUCAAGAGGUACCCGUAUGAUGUGCCGCCGCGUAUCCAGGAGGCUAAAGAACGUCGUUAAUUGCACCGCGCGUCUCCUGAUACCGUCAUAA